GCCACCAAGACCAUGCAAGUGGUCGUGCACAGCAUCGCUGGUGAGGAGCUUCUGGCGAUGCAAUGCCCAGCGGACUGGAUGGCGUCAGACAUCGCAAGAAAGGUGGAGCCCAGGUUGACUUGGCAAGUCAAGCUCCAACUGCGGGAUCAGGUCCUGCAG